AAAAAUAAAAUUAAAAAUAAAAUUUUUUUGAAAGUUGUAAAUUUUUUAUGAAAUUGUUUAUGAAAUUUUAACGGAAAAUUCUUUGAAACUAUCCGGUCGUUUUGGAUAUUGAAUGUUAUAUGUUUGUGGCGUGGAAUAAGGUGAGAUUUUAAUGCAGAAUGUCGAGCAAAAUGGUCGAAAAUUCGACUAAUAUUUGUGAUGCAACUACUGACACAAAAGACAAGGGCUUGUUGUUAGUAACUGUACGCGAAGGAAGCUCGGCACCCUUAGUUCUUCGUCGUUUUUCGGAAGACGGGAAGGUAGUGUUAGGUUUAGAACAAGUUAUUCAGGGUGGCUUUCGAAAGAUUGAACCAAAACCAAGGAGUGAGUCAAAGGAGGAUGAAUGUGAAGACAAUAUUGGUGGACAUACACAGAGCCCAAGGUAUGAUGGGAUAUGUCAUAGUCAUAGAAUAAAUACAUAUGAAAGUCCAACUUGUUGUCAGUGCCUUUGAUGUUAGCGUAACGACUGCCACGCCAUGAUGCGCAGUCGCAAUGCUGUCCCCGAUGUUCCUAGCUAGGAGUAGCCAAUAAAGAGUAGACCACUAGAGCUACUGAAGUCAAUAAAAAGUGGAUUUAUGCCUACAAAUCGUAUGCAAAAUUCCUAUUGGUCAGACAUAAAUAGCCUUGCCUUUUAAGAUAAUAUCAAGUUGUUGUUUACGUAAUAUGAUAUCCUGUGGCCGCAUUAAUUAUUUUUUAAACACAGUCAAUAACCAUAAUGAAUAUUGAAGUAUUUAUUUUGGAGAUAUUGGUGGAAAAAUUGGCCGUUAUUGUCAUAUUUAAAAUAAAUUAGCUUUGAUAAUCAUCUAAUUAACAAUCACCAUUUUGAUUGGUUGUUAUUUUUGUACAUCCAAAUCACUGUCCACUUUUUAUUUAUUUCAGUAGCAGGCUCUAUUUUCUAUUUUAUUUGAAAUUCAGGGCGCAAAAUAACGGCCGGUCAAUGGACAUUGUCCGGCCAGAAUGCAGAGUUGUCUAGUCAAAUUCUUGUCUUUCCGGUCAUUUUGAACAGUCACUUUCGGUAAAAGAAGAAACUAAUCUUUCCUUGACUUUAUUUUAUGUCAGAGACUUUGCAACUUCACUAACUACAGCUGUUACAAACUCAAAGUGUGUAAAUCUGAUUGGAUUCGUUCAGAUUUCGGAACAAAAUAUUCAUUUUGGAUUGGAAUCGGAUUGAUAAAGUUGUUUCGUAGUUGGAGCGGAUCGGACUUCGAUAUUCGAAAUAAAAUGAAUUAAUUAUAUAUAAUAAAUAAAUAAAUAAAUAAAUAAUAAUUAUUAUUUGGUUAAAUAUUUUCACUUGAAUGAGAAAUUUAUUUCAUUAAAGGAUUCUUCGGAUCGGAUUGGAAUUCUUUAUCAAAAUUCGGAUCAGAUUCGGAUUAAACAAUUUCGGAUCGGAUCAGAUUUUAAACAUUAGCCAAUUGUCGGAUUAUAAAUGUCCAAUCCGAUCUGAUGCACACAAUGUCAGUAAGCGAGAAUAACGAAAAAAUGAUUUUGUUUACGUUUUGUUCAUGCACAUGAACCUGUUUGAAUUUUUAAUUAAAGAACGUCACAUUAGUCAAAAACAUUUCAGAGAACCAGAGCUUAGGACAAAAUGAUGGGAAGCAGCUUUAGUUAAUACAUAAUAAAUAAAUAAAUAAAUAACAUUAACUGUAAAAUAACAUAAGUGUAAAAUAAAGUUCAAAAUAGUGACCUUUUUUGUUAACAUGAUUAUGAAGAGUUCCAUUCACCUCACACCACCACUUACAAAUCAUCGUCAAUCUGUUCCAGUUAAGUUAAGGCAAUGUUGGUUUCGCAUAUCUUCAGUGUACUCUUAUUGUAAGUCACAAUUACUAAUGUAAGCGCAGACUGUGCAGUGCAAGCUAUUUUAUGUGAAGGAGUUUUUCAUUACUGAUUACAGUAAGGCUUUUUGUAAUGCUAUUGGAAGAAUAGUCACAUUUUUAAUGGACGUGUACUUUACUAGGCUUUGCUUUAAAUUAAGCUGAACAAUUUGACCGAUCAGAAAUUCGACAUGUCCAAGCUAAAAUUGAUUUGGCUGGUCACCUUGACCGGCUACCCUCCAGCCAUUAUUUCGCACCCUGAAAUUUGCAAAUCAUGGUGUGGCCGCGGUUACAGGUUUUUGGCUCUAAUCUAAGCAUUAAGCAAUUUUUUGGUUAUGUUACACAAGAUGUUUUGUGGAAUAAUGUAAACAUGAUUUCAAAUAUUUAGUAAAUUGGUUCUUCAUAGCAUGCAGCAAGAAAUUAUUUGAUAAUCAUAAGUAAUGCCCAAGGCUCAUGUACAUUUCACUGCACUUCAUUUUGAAUAAGAAAUUUCUAGUACAUUUUUACUCCUCAUGAAGAGAGUGUUGUGCAUAUUUACCUCUUGACUAGUAAAAUCUAGUAUGUGACUGAUGAGGUCAUUCCAGAAAACAUCCAUACUUUCCCCACAGAGGAAAUUGGAAGUUAACCCCCCUACCCCCUUUGGAUAUCCUAAUACACUUACUAUUAUCAGACUGAAACACAUUUUUUCUUCCCUCCUCCUCCGGACUGCAGAAAUUUGCUCCAUGGGGGAAGUGCAGAUAAUUUCUGGAACAACCCAUCACAAGGAAGGUACAAUUUUGACCAGUCUAUUGUUAACACAUGGAACCAAAAUGGACCCUUGCACCCUACUUUGCUAUUUUGCUCUGUGUAAUGCCAGGUAAUUUUACCUUAUCAAGAGGAGUGUUUUCAAGCACAUUUUAAAAUUCUAUAAACUUUUUGUUUAAAGAUUACUGGACUCCAGGUCUACCAGGCGAGGUGUACGAAUUUGUCCAGCCUGUCAAGGGCGAGUUGGUUACCGAUCCAAAGUUUGUAAACAUUGUUUAAAAUCAUCUGGUAAUUCCAAUAAAUGCACAACUAAUGUCAAAAAGAGACGAGUUGGACAGCAAAAAAACAAGCGCAAAACUAAAAACACUACGAGGAGGGUACGUGAGCAAUCAGGACUUGCUCAGGAAAAUAGUGAAGAAUGUCAUGCCACAGUAUCAAUUGAUAAUUUUGAUGUCCCAAUGAGUGAUCCAAAUCCUGAUGAGACAUUGCUGUAUGUUCAUGUUCCAACAACUACCUCUACUUUAGAAACCAUUUCUAAUAUAGACAGUCAUAUCAGUGGAACAGCAAACAGAACAUUAUCCAUAGAAAAUGAUUGCCAAAUUCUAGGAAUUGUGAAUAGCAAUAAUGAUGACGUUGUAUACAAAGCACAAACACGGUUAGAAGUUGACAAAGAGGAUGAAAGCAGUUUUAACAAAGUAAAGACUGGUCUGGUAGAAGAGCAAAGAGUUGAUCGUCUUGGAGAAGUUAACAAUUCUGGUCAUGAAUUAUCCCAGAAUCUAGAUAACGAAACCUGCAACCAGGAGUUUACUUUGUGUAGAAAUAACUCUAUUCCCAGUCUUCCUGAUAUGACAGUUGGGAGGGAUGAUGAAGAACUGUCCCAGGAUGAAGACUUGGGACAAGAUAGUAACAACAUUACAUCUAAUGUAGUAGAUACUAUAUCUGACAGUUCAGCAAAUAAUGUAACAAAUAAAGUGAAUGAUGUCGGAAAUCUGGGAACUUUAGCUGAUGGUGUAGAAAGUACAGCAAAUGAUGUCCAACAUCAAACCAAUGUUAUGAAAACUUUAAUAGAUUAUAGAGAGAAACUAGCAACUGAUGCAGAAAUAUGUAAUGGAAGCACAUGUGAUGAAGACAUUCCAAGUAAAGAAGGACUUUCUAUCCAUAGAAUAUCUGAAGAUCUGACUUCCGAAGAUGUGAAUUCCAAAGUGGUUCCUCUGAAUGAAAAUAGUAGUCCCCCCAUAAUUCUUGUGGAUGUAAAUAGCAUUGGUUCAAUUUCUGUAACAACAACUGACGAUAACUCUCAGAGUGCCGAUGCAAACAGUGUCCAAGCUUCUGAGAAUCCUUUUGUUUUUGAAAACACAGAUGUAAAUUUCAGCACAGAGAAUGGGAACGGUGAAGGUCCAGUAGAUAUCCUUGCAGAAAUAAAAGUACGCAGUGAGCAACGUGGGAAUGUGAAGCGAAAAAAGAAGCCAAAGGUGUGGCAGGAGCUUCGUAAUAGAAGGAAAAAGGCCAGAGUCUCUACUGUCCAGUUCAUUAGGAUUGAGCCGAAACCCUUCGUGGAUAUCAGUGAAGAUUCCAGGAAAAACAAGCAGGGAAAUGUAAAACAAAACAGGUAAGGAACUAAGGAUACGGCACAAACAGUUCGUGAUGGUGGUGAUGAUGGUGAUUGUGUUGAUGAUGAUAGUAAUGAAGGUGGUAAUGGUGAAAUAAUGGUGAUGAUGAUGUAAUAAUGGUUAUGGUGAUAGCAAUUGAUGGUAGCAAUUCUGUUGAUGGUGAUGAUAAUGAUAGUUGUAAUUAUGGUGAUGAUGAUAGUUGUGGUGAUGAUGAUGAUGAUGAUAAUGAUUUUGGUGAUGGCAAUUGAUGGAGGUGAUUCUGUUGAUGGUGAUGAUAAUGAUAGUGGUAAUUAUGGUGAUGAUGAUAUUUGUGAUGAUGAUGAUAAUAAUGAUUUUGGUGAUGGCAAUUGAUGGAGGUGAUUCUGUUGAUAGUGAUAAUAAUGAUAGUGAUAAUUGUCGUGAUGGUGAUAGUAAUGAUGAUGAUUCCUUGUAGGUCUAAAUGUUGAUAAGUACCGUAUAAUUGUUUGUUUUGCGGGAAAUAUCCUGACGUUCUAAAACGUAUUGUAUUCCGCAAAAACAAAAUCAAUUAAAUUGUUCUGUUAUACCAAAUUGGGGAUAAGAUUUAGUAGCAAGUAUAUAUUGUUAAAAGGGCAGGGGGAAAUUUUGGCAAUAAAGAUCACCCAGACAAUUGUGUGUUUUGUGCAUGGAUGUAUUGAAUACUCUCAUUUUAUUUUCAGAUUAUUAUCCAGCAAUCCCACCAGACGAGGAGUCAUGCUUUGUCCUCUGUGUCAGAGAGACGUUGGCUGUCGUUCGAGGACUUGUAAAUAUUGUAAAGUUGCCAUCAGUUUAUAUUCCACGAAAUCACCUCUUGACCAGAAAAAUCUUCUUGCCGUUGAACUUUGUGAAGAAACCAGUCCAGAGUAUACGAUAUUCUCUGUGAAGAAAACUUUAAAUGCCUCCGAGGAUAGAUGUUUUGUUAAAAAGGUUAAAACUACUGCUGAAAAAGGGUUACCCAAAAAUGACAGAAUAUCAGAGGUGUUCUCCUGCGAUUGUGUUGGAAAUGUCCCUACUGAAAAACCAUCAUGUGAGCAUACCAUAUGUAUGUAUAAAGGUCCAAAAAUCACACAAGCUAGAAAUAUUACUUUAACACCUUCCAAAAUAGGCACGUUGCCUAUAGACGUCUUCUUUAAACAUAAACUUGGUGAACUCUGGGAUAAAGUCAAAGACAAAGAAUUUCCUCUUGUCCAACAGGUAUGUCAGAAUAUUCUGGUUGUUUUAGAUGUCGAUUCAAACGUCGAAAGAACUCCUUCAAGUUGUAUCCACGUUCGUUUUGAGAAGAUAAGACGACGAAGCAUUUCUGAACUCCAUAUAUUUUGUUCUGGAAUGACAUGCUCCGCUUGGAAUGAGGUGGAAGACGGCGAGAAGGACUGUCCAGUUACAUGUAUACAUUACUGUGUCAGUUUGUGGGCGAUUGCCUCAGAUAAUGACUUGCAGAAAUACUUGAAGAUAUUUCUUGAUGCUACGCAAGUUUACCUGCACAGUGAGGUGUUUGAUAAUGUGCUUGAAGAAUAAGUGUCAUGCUUGGCAAGCGAAUAUAUAAUAUACAGUGUCUUCAAAAUGUUAACAAUUUGCACAUCCGCUGAGCGCCUUUUAAGUAUUUACAAGUUUCCAAAGUAAAGUGAGCGCGACUUCAUGUGCCUCUGCGAAAGAGAGGGAUCCACCGGAUAAUCUUGUAAUUCAUCGUAUAUCGUAUAUUGUUUAUUUUAGGAUCAGGCCUUCGUUUCAGAUUAAAAAUGAUUUAAUAAGGUUAAAACAGUAAGGGUGUUUAUUUCACUUGAAAUGAUCAUAGAAAGGCUUUCAAGAUUUUCAUGCUCGUUUGUAAAUGCGGAUUACAUCUUUGAACUUUGUGAGCGAUGCUUUGCAACCAUGCCAUUAACCUCGUUCUCAGGGCCCUGGGAACGAGGUUGCCAUGCCAUGUUUACCGAUAUUGAAGUUCCUAUUAUUUCAAGUAUUAUUUCAAGUCGAAAUACUAUAAACAUGCACCUUCACUUUUUAACAAUUACAAUUAUUAUUAAAUGAGGCCCGAACCUUAUAUGAAAACAUCCGGCCGGAUAAAAAUAUAUGAUGCACUUGCCACUUGGUUAAUUAAUAUUUAACAUGCUUUUAAAUGGUAUAGAUUAGAGUUUCAAUUUAGAGGAUGUCGAAACAACGCGAAAUUUGGGUCAGUGUUUAUGCCAGAGGGCCCUCACAUAGCACAUGCGCAGAACAGACUUGACCUCAUGACCAGAGACCGAUUUUCAUAUUUUCGUUUGGGGGGGGUGGAUAAAUAUCUGGGGGGGGUUGCCGCUGCUUGCUUUGGCCUGGGCGUGGUAGCAACGCCCGGAAAGGCCAAGGGAAAAGUUUAACGAAAUUUGUUUUCUAGGCCUGCAUGGCGAGAUGUGAGACCAUAAUAUUGGUAAUUUUACAAAUUUAGUAGUAAGAAUAAUCAAAUAUGAAACUAUCAAAUCAAAAUAUAUAUAAUUUGCGGGGUGCAAAAACGUUUGGGGGCGGUGCGAAAUGCCUCUUGGGGUGCAAAUCAUUUCUGGGGGGGGGGGGUUGCGCACCACCCCCCGCACCCCUCCUCCCCCAGAAAAUCCGUGCCUGAGUCCUCAUCUUUAAAAAAGGCUCUGCGGAGGAGAGAACCAUUAAAAUAUAAUGAGCUUUGCACUCAAAAUCACGAACGAAUAAUUAUGAAUUGUGGUGGUAAAAAAUACAUGCAAAGGAU